AAAACUUAGAGACUCUUGUACGCUCUGAGAGUUAAAAGAAGGCUUUGACCUUCAUCUUCUACUAUUGCUCUUCGACCGCUCCGCAGCCACUCUGCCGACAGACUCCCCCUCGCACACGCACAAGCACCCUGCAAGAUUUGUUUUGUGCAGCCAUGGAUACCAAAACCAAGCAAAGUUUGGUGCUUUCAGCUAUCUUUUUAUGCCUAUUUCUCAAGCUCCAUGUUUCCAGUGCAACUGACUCCGUCACUGCAAACCAAUCUCUCUCCGGUGAUCAAACCAUUGUCUCUGCAGGUGGGAUUUUUGAGCUCGGUUUCUUCGAAUUAGGUGGCCGCUACUACAUCAGUAUAUGGUACUCCAACCAAGUGGUAUCUGCGAGUACCAUAGUUUGGGUGGCGAAUCGGGAGCAACCGGUCUUCGAUAAAUUUUCUUCAGUGUUGACGAUCUUAGAUGGUAAUUUACUUCUCUCCAAUGAGUCAAAAACUCCAGUUUGGUCUACUAAUGUGACCUCCAACAACUUCUCUUCAGUAAAAGCAGUUCUAUUGGAUAGUGGGAAUCUUGUAUUAUUAGAUGAAUCUAUUUCAUCCUCAGAGCCUUUAUGGCAAAGCUUUGAUCAUCCGACUCAUACAUGGUUACCCGGAGCUAAAAUUGGAUUCAACAAAAUUACCAACCAAACCCAAAUUCUCACUUCAUGGAAGAAUUCCGAGGAUCCUUCACCAGGUCUUUUCUCUCUUGAGAUGAACCGAGAUGGACGCAAUUCAUAUCACAUAUUGUGGAAUAGGUCUAUAGAGUAUUGGACCAGCGGAUCGUGGAAUGCAAGUUCGCGCAUUUUCAGCUUGAUUCCUGAGAUGAGGAUUAAUUACAGUUAUAAUUUCAGCUAUGUGACAAAUGAAAACAUAACUUACUUAUCCUAUUCUCUUUACGAUCCUAAGAUAGUAUCUCGACUCGUGAUGUCUGUCACGGGGCAGGUUCAGCAACUAACAUGGUUGGAGAAUAUAAGGCAAUGGAAUGUGUAUUGGUCUCAACCAACAAGACAAUGUGAAGUUCAUGCGACUUGUGGAGCAUUCGGGAGUUGCAAUGACAUAUCAGGGCUCCUCUGUAAUUGCUUGAUGGGUUUUGAGCCAAGGUCGCCGCCGGACUGGUAUUUGCAGGACUAUUCUGAUGGGUGUUCAAGAAAAACGAGUUUGCAGUGUGGGACGGAAGACAGGUUCCUAGAAAUGCAUAACAUGUUAAUGCCUGAAAAUAAACAGUCUGUGGAGGUUAGGAGUGCUGAUAAAUGUGGAUCAGUCUGCUUAAGUGACUGCUCUUGCACAGCUCAUGCUUAUGAUAGUAAUACUGGAUGUUCAAUUUGGACCGGAUAUCUCUUGGGCCUGGAACAACUUGCGGAAGAUGACAGUCGUGGAAGAAUUUUAUUCAUCAGACUUGCAGCUUCUGAGCUUAUGUAUCUAAAAAGCGGCAAGGGCCGUAAUGAGAAGCGUUCCCUUAUAAUUGCAAUGGUCUCAGCAGCAGCAGGAUUGCUUGCUAUAAAUUUUGGCUAUUUCUUAUGGAAGAAAACAUUGAGAAAGAGAAGGGAGCAUAAGAGGAAGCAUGUUGGGACUCAAAUAAACUAUGGAGCUGGAGCGGGAGGUGGAACGAAUGAUACGGAACUACCAGUUUUCGGUUUAAAGAGAAUAUUAGCUGCUACAGACAACUUCUCUGAAGCUAAUAAACUCGGAGAGGGAGGCUUUGGCCCAGUUUAUAAGGGGAUUUUGCAAGAAAAUCAAGAUGUAGCAAUAAAAAGACUGUCGAAGAAGUCAAGGCAAGGACUUCAGGAGUUUUUGAAUGAGUUGGAGCUUAUAGCCAAGCUUCAGCAUACCAAUCUUGUUAGGCUCUUGGGUUGUUGUAUCGAAGAGGAGGAACUGCUAUUGAUCUACGAGUACAUGCCCAAUCGGAGUUUGGACAAACUUUUGUUUGAUCCAUGUGAAAAAACAGAAUUAGAUUGGGGAAAGCGUUUUCGAAUUAUUGAAGGUAUCGCUCAAGGAGUACUUUACAUCCACAAGUACUCUAGACUGAAAAUCAUUCACAGGGACCUAAAAGCAAGUAAUGUUUUGUUGGAUGGCUUGAUGAACCCCAAAAUAUCAGACUUUGGAAUGGCGAAAAUUUUCGAGAUACAUCAGACUGAAGCAAAUACCAAUAGGGUUGUUGGCACAUACGGAUACAUGUCACCUGAGUAUGCAAGAUAUGGCCAUUUCUCUGAGAAACUAGAUGUAUUUAGUUUUGGAGUGCUGUUGUUGGAGAUUGUAAGUGGAAAGAAAAAUACUGCUUUUUAUCGCUUUGAACAUUCACCGACUCUUGCUGGAUGGGCAUGGGAGUUAUGGGAAGGAGGUAGAGGGAUGGAGGUGAUUGAUGAAUCAGUAAGGGAAACAUGCCGGCCCAAUGAAGCUUUGAGGUGCAUCCAUGUAGGGUUUUUGUGUGUUCAAGAAGCGCCAGAUGAUCGACCGACAAUGUCUUCGGUAAUCCAUAUGCUACAGGGCAAUGAAGCUACACCUCUUCCACCCUCCAAAGAACUUGCAUUUUCGACACAUAGGAAUCUCCGUGCUAUUAGUUGUUCUCCUCCAACACCUGCCAAUUUCUCCUGUAAUUCAGUCACCAUUAGUAUGCUACAAGCUCGAUAGCUCAGCAAUGUAAAGUUCGAAAAAGAUUGUGACAAUAUACAGUUCAAGAGUAGUGACAUCCUUCAUUGUGUUUCACAAUUUUUAUCUCCAGAUGCUAGAUGCCGUUAAAGCUGCA